UUAUGAAUCUUGUAUUUACUUUAGCAUCAGAAAACAAUUACUGUACUUUGUUCAGUCUGUUUAUAAGUACUUUCUUGUUUCAUUAUUGUCUUGAAAAAAUAAUUGACUUCAAGCAAUCAGUUGACAUAAACGGAUAUGACAGCAGCUACAGAAACUGUUCUGGCGGGAGUUGGCCACACCAUGCUGGUGCUGUCUGGGAAAGGUGGUGUGGGCAAAAGCACAGCAACUGUGCAACUUGCAUUCACCCUCAAAAAAGCUGGUCAUCGUGUUGGUGUGUUAGACAUUGACCUGUGUGGUCCUUCCAUACCACGCAUGAUGGGAGUUGAGGGAAGGGAUGUUCUUACUACUCCUGAUGGGAAAUGGGUACCGGUGUAUGUUGACGAGGAAAGGAGAUUAAGUGUUAUUUCUAUAGCGUUCUUCCUGGACUCCAAGAGUGAUGCUGUUAUCUGGAGGGGACCAAAAAAGAAUGGUAAGGUAUUGUACAAUAUCUCAAAAAAGUACUGUAUCUGUCCACACUCUGUGUGAAACAUUAUGAAACCA